AUUUCAGUCGUCUUCUUUACCUAGACGAAGAUAGAAAUUCCAAUUGCCACGUUCCUGGUGACUUUUGAGGGAAUAGCCCUUGAACGUAUUGUGAAUAUGUAUGAUUCCAUUCGUCAAUCUCUCACCUCGAAUUAAGGUCAAUUAAGAUAAUGAUCAUGGCUUUAGGAAACAAUCGUGAAUAUCCAUCGAUCAUUUCAAUUAUUCCAGUUUGGCACAACGAAUGAAUCUUUUCAAGCAACGAACUACACCGUAGUAGGUCAUCUCAUUUUCAUAUGUCCAAGGUCAGCGGCAACCAACAUUUAUAAACAUGUUAAUUGCUUCUCCAUCCAAUUCAAUUCAUAAAUCGAAUUACAUGUGUAUUUGUCGACCAGUUUCAUGUGCCAACUUGAAAGCUGACCUCAAAGCCCGCUUUUUCGAGGGACUCUGCCACCUUGUUCUUCCCCACGACCAUCUCUCUAACUUUGAUUUGGUAUGACCCCGCCCAAAGAGGUGUGACUCCUAUAGUCCUAUAGUACUAUAGUUCGGCUAAGAAAUAGUCAAUAUUCCUCACCACAUAUACUUGUAAACAUCGAUGAUAAUAAGAAAUGCUUAUGUAUUAAGGAGUGACUUUUCGUCUUUGUCACUUUAUGAUGAAGUGCGAUUGAAAAGGAAGAGGAGGAGGGGGAGGAAUAGAAGGUACAAGAGAAGGGGCAAUUAACGCGUCUUGUGUUGCUGACACAGUCAUUGAUUUCAAGUUGGUCGACCGUUGCUUGUUGGACUCCAUGUACUCGAAGUGCUUGAAUACAUAACACUGGAAGGAAUAUCGAAAAUCUCCACACCGCCCCAUGUACCUUUGUUGCCCUUGUGUGUAUUGUUCUUGUUGGCAGUUCGACACUUGGAUUUCGAUUAACUCCCAAUUAAAGUUGUUGAGUUCCGAUGGAUGAUUGACCUCAUAAGUCUGAAAUUCUGCUAAAUCCGUCAACGAGACUGUCGCCAAACAAUGGAAUGCAAGUCCGAAUUAGUAGCCAUGGAUCGUCGGUCUCCUCUUGAUUGUAUUUCCGACUCACAAGUUCUGGGUGACGGGUCGGAAACUCACAGAUCCCAACACAAAUUUCUUGGACAAUCCCGGUUCUUCGGGCAUUGAUUUCAGUCGAGGCGAGAUCGAAGAUGGGGGAGUGAUCUGUGUGCACCGAGAAAAAAUCGUGGACAAGACCGUGAAGGAUCAAAUGAAGGAAUGCUUCGUUCAAAAUGUGACCCAGUGCUACAACACCUACAUCACCGAGUACAGCGAUGGCGAGGAGGAAAAAUGCGAGGAUUUCUAUUGGAAGAGUUGUAAGAUUGUGUUUGAUCAGGUUACUUUCAAUGCCACCACUAGGAAAUGCCGACGGCCCUUGAUCAAGAAUUGCGAUGAUCGCAACAACGCGGUACAAAAUCCGGACAACGUGGUCUGUGAGACUUUCUAUGAGACCGCAUGCAACACCACAGACAUCUUUCCGGACCCAACUGAUGAGCCCGUGCCAGUCACAUUCUGCCAGAAAAUCCCAAGGAAGAUAUGCGCCCCUGAUAAUUGUCGAGUUGAGGAGGGACCCGAGACUUGUAAAGAAGAUUCGAAAGAAUCUUUGGUCCAGAAACCCGUGGAACUAUGUGAUCUUCAGCCUCAAAAGCAUUGCUCAGUCAUCAAAAUUGCAGUUCCCAGACUUUCGCCGGAGAAAAAGUGUCGCCAAGUUGAAAAAGAGAUCUGCUCCACGUCCUUGGUCAACCCUCAUCCAGAGGAGAAGACGGUAUUCAUUAAGUACUGCGCUAGGAUGAGCGAUCUCCCCUCGUCCGGUGGAGGAUACCAAGCUUCCUUGCCGAACUCGAAUUCUUUGUUCCAACCUACAUAUGGAGAUACCGUUAACUUUAACAACAACAAUAACAAUAAUAACAACCAAGUCCAGUUUGAUAGCAGGCCCUUCCAGCGACCAAAUUUGAACCCAAAUCAACAACAACUCCCGACAACCUACGGGGCGCAACAGGGAUCUUCCCAAGGCUUGCCAACUUAUGCCAAUGGUUUGAGAGGUACGCCCGGAUUUAGAAAUAAGAGGAAUAAUCCGCUCAAAGCAGGCUCCAUUUCAGUCCAGGAUGUCCAAAGACGAGUGUCCAAGAACGAGCUGGAACCUGAACCAGCCUAAUUAUUGGUUCGCAUUUUCCUUCCAAAAAUUGAAAUCUAGUCAUUCUUCAUCAUGUCACGCUAAAAUGUUGGGUCUAUUUGGAUCAAGCAGCAAAAGGUUUUAUGAGUGAUCAUAUGUCCCUUGGAUUGAUGAAAUGAAAACUCGUAAGACCAUGUCACCUUGUAUGAGAACGUUUGAUAUCAAGAUGCAGGAUUAAAUAAAACUUCAAUUUUCCGUA